GCUGGAGCGCAGUUCCGGUUAGGCGGCGGAGUUUGUUUACUGUGCUCCCAGGUCUCGCAGCUGCUUUCCCCAACUCGCGCUCCAAGAUGGGGAAAUCUUUUGCCAACUUCAUGUGCAAGAAAGACUUUCAUCCUGCCUCGAAAUCCAAUAUCAAAAAAGUAUGGAUGGCAGAACAGAAAAUAUCAUAUGAUAAGAAGAAACAAGAAGAAUUGAUGCAACAAUAUCUUAAAGAACAAGAAUCAUAUGACAAUAGGUUGCUUAUGGGAGAUGAACGUGUAAAGAAUGGCCUUAAUUUCAUGUAUGAGGCCCCACCAGGAGCUAAGAAAGAAAACAAAGAGAAAGAAGAAACAGAAGGGGAGACUGAAUACAAAUUUGAAUGGCAGAAAGGAGCCCCAAGAGAAAAAUAUGCCAAAGAUGACAUGAACAUCCGAGACCAGCCCUUCGGUAUUCAGGUUCGAAAUGUGAGGUGUAUUAAAUGUCACAAAUGGGGUCAUGUCAACACAGAUCGGGAAUGUCCUUUGUUUGGUCUUUCUGGAAUCAAUGCAAGUUCGGUUCCCACUGAUGGCUCAGGUCCAUCAAUGCACCCCUCGGAGCUAAUAGCGGAGAUGAGAAACAGUGGGUUUGCACUGAAACGAAAUGUACUGGGGAGAAACUUGACCGCAAAUGAUCCAUCACAGGAGUAUGUUGCAAGUGAAGGUGAAGAAGAUCCAGAAGUGGAAUUUUUAAAGUCACUAACAACCAAACAAAAACAGAAACUUCUCAGGAAAUUGGAUCGACUUGAGAAGAAAAAAAAGAAAAAGAAAAAAGAUAGAAAGAAGAAAAAGCUUCAGAAGAGUAGAAAUAAACACAAGAAACAUAAAAGAAAAUCAUCAUCAUCCUCUUCCUCUUCUUCCUCUUCCUCAACUGAGACUUCAGAAAGCAGUAGUGAGAGUGAGAGUGACAACAAGUCAAAAAAAGUAGAAAAGAAGAAAAGAAAGAAAAACAAGUGUUCAGAGCAUCACAGUGAUUCUGAAGAGAAGGACAAGUCUAAGAAGAGAAAACUUGAACUUUCUAGCAGUCACAGUAACAAGGAAAAGCCUAGGUUUUUAAAACAAGAAAGUUCUUGGGAGAACAGCAAAUGGAGCCAUUCUGACCAAACAUCCAGAAGCCGUAAUCAUAGCCCAGAGAAGAGAGGGUCUGAACGAAAUGUGGGGAGCAGCAGAAGCCACAAAAGGGAUGAGAGGAGUAGAAGCCGAAGCAGAAGCCCUGGUAGUUGUAAGAAAAGGGAGAUAAGAAAACAACCACAGCGAAGUUCCAGUGACGAGUGGAACAGAAGAAAUGACACCAGAAGCCAUGGCACAGAUAUAUACAGAAGGGAAAAAAAGCACAGAGAACACUCAGAAGAUAAGUACACUAAAAUGGCACAAAGAGAACGAAGCGGUAGAGAGUAAGGAGGGACUGUAUGUGACAAUUACCUGGGAAUAAAAAAAUCUCCAUUUUCUUAUUGAAUAAUUUUAGCAAGGGCCAAAUUAUGUACUAUUGUCUUUCUAAUAAAAAAGCUCUAUCUU